AUGACGACCGAGUCUCAUCUUGGGCUGUCGGCCAUCGGCUGGCACGCCAUGAUGGACUCAUGGUGGAACAAGAUGAUUGCGAUAUUUCUUCUUGCCACUGUCAUAAUUGGAUCAAGUUAUUUGGUUUAUCGAUUGUACCUAAUUUUAAAAGUAUACUGGUUGCGAAAACAACAACGAGUGACGGUACCGAAGCCCGUGGCACGUUACUUAGCUCGGCUAAGAUCUUCCGCCAAACCUCUCACUGUCGCCAAAAUAUCAUCGGAAGAACUGAAGUCCUUUGGCGUUUACUUAGGAAGCUUCAGCACCCCAGCAACUCCAGCUCAAACCCGUCUGCUCUCGCAAUGGGAUGUUGUUGUUUUGAACCCUCUUGAGGCGGGUGUUGCGAAUGCUGUCUCAUCAUGCGCAUACACAUCACCUCACGUACUUGGACGAGUCGAUAUCGACUCCCUCUUGAAAUCGGAGCAAGGCUCCGGUAGCCAGGAUACAAUUCGAUCGAUUCGUACUUUGGACGAGACGAUUACGAUGCAUUUCCGGAAUGGUGGAGGGAAUGAGUCGCCCUUCACAGCCGUACUCUUGGCCAACUUCAGUGACCACUUCUCAGCACCAGUUCUCAACCAGCUGGUAAGCUACAUCAACGCACUUGGUCUUAACGUUUGGCUCGAGUUAGCACCACCAGCAUAUUUGUCUGAUGCUCAAUGUCGCGCCAUCAACAUGAAGGCCAUUCGAGGGGUCGUCUACCGCAACGGCACUAUCCGACCCGAUGGUGAUUGGCAAAAUUUCCAUCACAUGGAGGCGAUGAGAACAGCUAUGAGGGCUGUAGCUGCGCAACGAGUCGUUGGUGGUCCCCCGAUGGUUCUCUGGGAGACAAUCGAUGAUGGGGUCAAGCAUCAAUACGCCGUUGUCCAACGAACUUUCAACUGGUGCAGAUACACCAGCGCUCUUUGUUGGAUUGGAUCUAGGUCAGCUCUCUUCAAUGCAGAGGCGGCUUCAUCCGAGACAAUCAACGACAAACCACUCGGCUCGAUGAUGUGGAUGAAGGACGAUAAGAACAUGAAGGCGCACAACAUUUGGUGCGCGAACGACAAGAUUUCUUCCGAGCAUCGCGCCAAUGACGAGCUAUACGAUACUCUGAACGAUUUCAUACCGGACUUAGCCGCUAAGCUCCGAUUCCAGCCAUCCUCGUAUAACCCUCAUCAUGUACCACAAGAGAAUCCGGUGGGCCAGGUGGUUCGCUACUCGCAAGGUCUUCGGGAACCUCGUAUAAGUCCGUUGUCUAGAUCGUCCGACGGUGCAGACUUCACUGGCCUAGGCUGCUUUCAAUUGGGACUCGACGCCACACCGGAAGCAUUCGACGCGCUUGUUGCCUCGCAAGUCCAUCUGAGAGACCUUGAGCUGUUGCAACGAUUGGGAACUGAAGAACUUCAGGCCAUCAGGAAGCAGAUCAAGGUCUUACGUGACGUACGUGGUUCAAAAGCACUUUCCGCUACGACAUCGUUAGCGGUCGACGACCUCGUAUCCAUGCUCGACGUUCAUGAUGAUACACAAUAUACACGUCUUGACGUGUUUGUGGGACUUCACUCCGGAUUCCAGACUGGCGCUGAUGUUCAGUUCUGGGGACUCUUCGACUUUGAGGGAAGUUCCGGCGGCCUUGACAUCUAUCUCUCGGGAUUUACGCAGGAUCGUGUCAGCACCGUCCUUCACACCUUCCUCUCUAGCCGGGGAUGCACACGGGCAGAGUGCUUCAUGGCCGAAUUUGCUAUGUCUGAGCAGAAUGGCACUAUGAACAAGACAUGGCAGCUCCCGCAACGCAUCGUCUCUGACAUCGAGAAGAUCUCCCCGACAGAGGCUCUUCUCCUGCGCCAGCGCCUGACUGUAUCCAGUGACGAAGACUCUUUCCUGUUGGCCAGAAUCCGUGCCUAUUGCGAGUAUCAGCUUAUGGAUAUCCCCUCUUUAAAUCAGCUUCGCUCCCUGAACGCAAAAGAGUACCUCUGUGGCAGAAUCUCGGCCGAAAGCCUGGUUUCUUCACGUCUCAAUUGGCUUCAGGAGAAGGGUUGGGCUCACUCUAACCCGGUUGCCGCUGUUCAGCUCUUUGAAGACGUUAACACUCGUCUAUAUGAAGUCCUCAUGAACGGCGAGAGUGAGUUGUACGGGCGUAUCAGUGUCGUCAUGCAGACCACAAUGCAGAACAUCGGGAUUGAUCCGGGUGCAGACUUGUUCGCUCUGGGGAUCUUUUGCGCAUUCCGCAAGCUGGCCUUGGAAGAAACGUUUCUGGAAGUCUUGGAUCGCAACCCAUUCCCUAACCAUGCCACUGAUCAGGCCGGUGUGUUUGCGGAGAGCUUCAUGGCAGGCUCGCGAACUAGCUCCUUCUUCGAUAUCACGCCCAGGGAAUUGGGAAAGAUUAUCUCCGACCGGUACCGCCCCUACUACAACAAGUUCCAGCCGCCAGAUCGUGCUGAAGGGUACACUGAGCUACCAACAACCUACGCAGCUAUGCAGGUGGAUUCUGACCCUGAUUAUGGAAGUGAACAACUCUCCAUGGUCUACAAGUUUACCUUCCUUGGCAUCUUCGCUGUGCCUGCGCUCAUCGAUAUCUUUAUGCUUACGACUAUUGGACGAGGUCUUUAUCUGACCACCUUUAUGACCUCGGACCAGAAGACCAUGGCCACCACCGCGUUGAUGCUUGCACUCCUGGUGUGUGGUGGUGUCGGAUCCUGGAUUACAUCCGGAGGGUGCUACUACAUUUACGCCAGCGCCUUUCCUGCGAUGAACAUGUAUGUGCUUACUCGCUUCGUUGCUGGUCUUGCCAUAGUCAUCGUGGGUUGUGUUACUGGCUUUAUCGUUGUCACUGUUGAUAAGGGUGCCGCCGCUGGAGGUGUCUUCGCCUUCUACUUCGCCAUGCUGUCCGUCUAUCUCAUGACGCUGUCCGCACUGUCCAUCUACCAGGUCCCGGGAUCUAGUUUCAAGUCUGGCCGAACAGUUGUCAUGAUGUGUGUUCCGAUUCUCUUCAUUUCGCCAGUACUUACAAUCUGGGUUCAACAUGAUAUCGCAGUGUACCUUCUUAUUCUAACGGUAUUUGUGUGCUCCCUGCUCUAUGGCACCCGGAAGGUUAUGGGUGCAUGGACUACGUGGUACUUGAACAUCCCGUCCAUCCAAGACGCCGAGGUUAUCAGCUGGUACUGCAAACGGCAUGACAUCACAGGCGGAUCUAGUGAAGAUAUGAAGAAACUGAGCGCCUCCGGGCUCCCGCGCAACGAGUUCCACGGGCUUGUUUUGAAAGAGUUCGAUCGCAAAUUCUGGACGCCAAAGACUAAGGAUCCGCUUGUUGCCAAAAUGACUGAUGGGUAUGAAUCUACAAAGUUCUUGAUGGGCUGGUACUGCAGGCACCGAAGGACUGCUAUGCCGUUGCCCUACAGUUCGACAUGGAAUCUGACCAUCAAGGCUGCACUUGAGAACAUCACGAACAUGCAAAAAGGCCUGAAGCUCCAUAACGCAUUUCUCCAUUGGCGCCACACAGGUUCCGACGUCUGGUCAGGCAUCUUGUACUUUGUGGUCGCGCUGAUGGAUAAGUGGGCGACAAUACUCACAAGCGGCGGCAUGGUUGGUCUCUCUGCCGCUAAUAGCGAAGAAUAUCGUCUGGCUGUCGGCUUUGGAUUAUCAUACUAUCUCAUCGGUGCCGUAUCGCUUGACGGGGUGUCACAACCGCUCUGGAUCGCUGCAAAUGAGAAGAUCGCCCAGCCCAUCACCUCCCUGGCGUCUCUUCAGAACGUCACCGAUGUCGAUGCUAGCUCCAGGCGAGCUCUUUAUUUCAAUAAUCUUCUCAAGUUUUUUUUCUUGCACAUUUGGGGCGCAUCGGUCACUGCCGCACUUAUGUGGACUUUCGACGACUCCGCAGGUGCUAUGGUCAUGUACAUUGCGUACGUAGUUGCUUACAGCGGUCUACUUCUAUACCAGUACAACAAGAUUUACUGCAGAUUCGAUGGUGCGCAGAGUCUUGCAGUCGCUUCUGUCAUCGGUCUCCCAGUCGGUAUCGCACUCCGCAUCACACUUCCCACUUGGGCCUACACCAGCGUCGUCUCUUUGGGCAUCGCCUGUUGGAUCUCUGCUAUCCACUCAAUCUAUGUGACGAAAAUAGGCUGGCCAAGAAUGCCAUGGAGAAAGUCACGUAACCUUACGGACUCGAGCCACGAGUCGGUAUCCAAGGAGCAGUCCCCUACAUUUUCUUGCAGUACCCUUGAGCCAUACCCUGCUCUCUCCCAGGCCACACUUUCAAGGUCUUUCGAACUCAUCAAGAGUCUUUCAGUUGAUCAGCACUUCGAUCUCAAGCCAUCCGAGCAUCCUGGUGCUCGCGUGCAAGAAUAUCUGGUCCAUCGCAGCGCCGCUCCUCGAUCCAAUAUCCUUCAGGCUGCUUUCCCUUCGGCCCAGCAGAUCAUUGAGCGUACUGUCGAACUUUGGAGUUCCGGUCACACUAUGGUCGAGCUUGUCGGUGCUCGACACUUCCCUCGCGGAGAUCACAAGCUACGAAGCAUUACUCGGAAGGUUGGCGACCGGCUUCAUGUUCUUAUUGCACUCGGACCCGAUCUUGGCGAAGACGAGUUGAAAAUGGACGUUCAUCGCAACUCGAAGAUCAUAGCUGAAGCCAUCAUCCAGGCCACGUGUGAGCAUCACUUAGGCAUGUCGCGGGACCAUUCGAUGCUUGCGCAAUUGGUCGCUGUCGAAGAAUCUGGCGACUCUGAAGUUCCUCUUCCUGAAAACAUCAAACGUCACUUGGAGACGUCUGAGUCUGAACGCACUCGUGUCAUCAAUAGUGGAAACAAGGUUCUUAUCCGCCAUCUUUGUCUAGGUGUUGAUCCCGACAUUGAGUGGGACCUACUGCACCAGGACAUUAGGUCAUUUCUCCUCAAGCUGCUUUCUGGCCAAUUCGACCCCUUGUCAGCUUUCGAGGAAAAAUGGAUACAUUCAAGAACUUGUGUCACUGACGGUAUUGAUUCUGACGAAUUCAUUGCGCGGUAUGACCUCAGCGCCGCUCUGACUACCUCCACUGUUGCCUACGCCAAAGCAUUGUCGCGCAGCCAGGGCCUUUCCGGGAGCAAUCUGAAUGACAUGGACGACCUCUAUCUCAAUGAUUCCGAAUACUUCGCGAAUUCACAUCUCAAGGUCAAUGUUGCUUCUCGUGGUCCUGUGUCACGUUUCGUCUUUCGCGUCACGCGCAUUUGGAAAUCUUGCCUUAAGUUCCUCAUCCUUUCGCUCGUCGCGGACCCUGAGUUCCAGAGAGAACUGGAUUGGAUGAUUCGUACCCAACCACUUUUUAUCCACUGGCCUGUCACUUUCCUCCUUAACGCUAUUUGGUCGUACGCCAAAUUCUUGCAGGGUCUCAUCAUUCCUACUGUCUUGUUCCACGGUCGAGAUAACAUCGCUCAAUUUCGAAGCAAUAUCCAGGGAACAAAAACUAUCCUACAGAAGAACAGAGUUGUUGUCGAGAACCUGCGAGGCCCUUCGACCUGCUUCUGGUCUCGGCAGGCAGAUGGCACCAUCCGUCUCAGCCAAUACAACGGCAAUCACGACAAGGAGCCCGAUGAUCUGAAGCAAUUGACUGCCAUCAACACGUAUGGGGACAGGUUUCUCUUGCGACAAAGGGAAGAGUACCAGGGCGAAAAGAUUAUCAACAUGUUCACCUAUGAGUAUCCCCAGGGCAAGAAAACCAAUAAGCUGCCCCUUCAGAGGCAGUGCAUACAAGGUAAGCUUAGUGGAGAAAUUGUCCAAUACGAUUGGAGAGGAUACAUCACCACCGGAUCCACAUUUCGAGGUGUCAAUCCCGUCCAAUUCACCUACUGGUACAGACGAAGCGCCAAAUUUGAGGAUGAACUUCUCCGUGGUGAAUUCGUCUUCCCGCACAUUACCAUACGAAUCAUGUGGAGUAUGCCUCCUCGUAACCAUCCUGAGAGACUUGACGACUGGGUGCCGUUUCCCAAGGUGACCGAGGCCACUUUCAUUGAGGGUUCAGAUGUCCACCAUGCAACCUGGGCCUAUGAGCACAAGUUCCAUCCGACUAUCUCCACAACACUCAACGGCGUUGAUAUUGACACUCCGCUCAUGAUCCGUAACGACUGGUUCCAUGUCCUGGAGAAGCCACAGAAGCUUGGUUUCCUCAGUGACAACCCGCUCACAAACUUUGCUUCGGUCUCUUCCAACUUCGCCUCUCGCUUCCUAGGCCUCAAUGUCAAGCGUUAUCCAAUGUCGACCGCACACGCCAGGACCCAGCUAUGGAAGCUAUGGAAGAGCGGUCAAUCGCUCGACGCGGUCACUGCACGAUGGCUCGAUGAGAAUCUGCUGCGAAAAGACAGCAUGUUGAAAACAUACUGGCGUAAUCGCGACUGGGGUAUGCUCAACCGAGCGACCAAGUAUCUCGAUGCACACGCCGACUCUAUCAUGGCGAGAACUGACGUGGACUCUGAAAUCAGUUCAUGGGUGCACGUUGCAUACAAGAUGUCUGAUCUCUACAGUUUUGGCUCCGGCGGUGACACAACGAUCAACACGCGAACUCACUCAGGUCAAAUCCAAGAUUCUGACGAUGAGCUCCAUGUCAUGGCUAUGGACACUUCGACUUGGCCGUAUGAGCCUGGAGGUGUGUCUGCCUGCCGUCGCGAUAUGGUCAAUGAUCUCAAGACUACAAAGUGGCACAUUGUCGCUGAGAUGGCUCAUGACUAUGGUGUCCCCAAGUUCCAGAUCGAAAGAAACGUCAAAUCUCUCACUGUCCUGCCACUGUGGGGUCUUGAUUUCCUCAAUCCUACUCACGGCAUGUUGCGAAACACGCUCGAUUCGGAAGUCGUUGAGAGGUCGUAUGACACUAGGACGUCCGAUAUCCGCAAGCACUUCAUACCGAUCCUUACCAGCUUGGUGCAAUGUUCGAGAACUUCUGAACUCACCCUUCAACAUCUUGAGGAGGCUACCAAGGCUUUGUGCGAUCUCAACACGUACUUUGAGUCAUCGCGUAGCUGGAACGACGUAUGGAGUAGCGACAUUGUCAAAAGUACAUGGCGCGAACUGUGGUUAUCCGAAGACGUUCCGGGAGCUUUGAAUGUAUCUGAAUGGUGGGACUACGAAAAGCCAACCAUGCAGCAACUGGAUCAAGCUCUGAAUCUGUGGUGUCGUUAUCUCUUCAUCUUCUCCACACCGGUACCGGACAAGAUUCCUGACAUCUUUCAAGCGUCACAUCACUUCACUGGAGCAACAUAUGGCAUUCUCUGCAAAGUCAAGCGCAAGGUCAGUCUCCACGUGUGGGAUCAUUGUAUCAGUUUCCGAGAGUUCACCGUGUUCAUGUCGUCUGCUGUAUCGUUCGACAUGCCCUUUGUCAACAGCUCUCUCAUAUCGCUCGGACACUUGGCCUGUACCCUCCUUGAGCACCACGCGGAUGUCGUGCUUCCUUGCUGCGAUUACUUCAACCCUGGCUGGGAAAUUGAGCUUGGUACUGGUGAGGGUGCUCUCCAGCAUCGUCGCGCCUUUGCACGGAAAAUCGAUCCCGUUGUCAACGGUAUCUGCAACAUGGAAAAGUUCGAGCCUAUUCAAACCAUCAAGACUGACACACCCACCGUCGUUAUGUUGUCGCACGUCCAGUACGUCAAAGACAUCAAGAACGCCAUCAUGGCCACAGAUCUCAUUGUCAACAAAUGGGGUUUCAAGGACUACCGUUUGCACAUUUAUGGAGACAUGGAGCGUGCCGCUGGUCAUUCGACUGAGUGUCAAGAGCUCAUCGCGUCCAAGGGUCUGGGAGAUGCAUGUGUGCUCAAGGGUUUGGGUAACGCUUCUCUUGUCCUGCAGGAUGCCUGGAUCUUCCUCAACUCGUCCAUCUCUGAAGGUCUUCCGUUGGCCAUGGGUGAGGCAGCUCUGACUGGUGUGCCCGUCGUCUGUACGGAUGUUGGUGCCUCGUUCUGCGUGGUCACUAACCGAACUACUGGCGAGCCCUUUUCCGAGGUCGUCCCACCCAACGAUUGCGAAUCGCUUGCCCGCGCACAAGUCAACAUUCUAGCGCUCCUGGGCAAAUGGGCAUCCUACGCAGAAGACGCACCAGGCGUUCUCCCUCCUAUCCUGUCUUAUCCUAACCCCACAACCGACGAGGUCAGGGCGAUCUCGGCGCGCAUGUACGAGAAGAAGGAGCACCGUCGUAAGCUCGGCAUGACGGGUCGCGAGAACGUGCUUAAGAACUUCAACUCGGAGCGUUACCUUCGCGAACACGAGCAGAUGCUGUGGAUUGGCAAGUACAGGUCCCCUAGCUACCAGGACGCUGUCCGCAAGUACAACUUCAACAACACUCACGGCGCAUUCGCCCAGGCCAACAGCGCUUAUCCCUCUGCUGGUCCAUCGGUUGAUCCGUCCCGCAAUAACUCGAUGACCGGACUUCCCAUGCUGGGCGACCGGGAGAAGAAGAGCUUUGGUCUCUCCAUGACGUCGUUGCCGAGGGUACCUAGUACGCCUCGUCUGACGCCGGACAGAUGGUCAAAUGCGCCGAGCAGUCGAGCAAGCAGUAUUUGGAAAUUCAAGCCUGAGCAGGCACCGUGGUAGUGGAGACGAAGAUGCAGGUUGGACGGGCGAAGAAUGACACAAUACCCUUUUCUGGAUGAUUGACAAGUUGUCAACACCUCUGUAUAUAUACUUGGCUGGCAUUUGCAUAGCGACCUAUCUUUUUCGCACAUUUCUUUUUGUUGGUCCAUGAUGAAGAAGCACCACGUCAAUAUAGUUGGGGAGCGCCUCGAAUGAAGGCGGCAUGUUUCCUUGUAUAAAAUAAGUAUUAGAUAGAACACUCUCU